GGCUGCUACUGUUAGAGGCAGCACAUCCCCUUGCAAGUCAGUAUUAAUAUCUCAUAAGAACAAAAGAAGCUGAUUUAAUAAAAUAAAAAUAAAAACUUGCCAAGAUGCCCAGCGAGAGGCUCCAAAGUAGUAGUGGGAUGGAGGAGCCUGCACUAAGGGAAACCAAGGGCAGGACACAGAGCCCUAACUGCAACUCCUUACGCAGGGCUGUGGCGACUGCAGUGACUUUCGAUGGGGAAGCCACCACCGAGAGAAGGAAAAAGAGAAAGAAAGAGUCACGCCCAGAAUCGAUCAUCAUUUAUCGGUCAGGGAAUGAGAGCAAGGUGGAAGAAGAACAGACGGAUGAGGAUGGAGCUGAGAGAAGUUCCGAAGAAGGCUCCAAGUUCUUGGGACAUUCUCUUGGAGGAGAUGGUAAAUGCCCUGGAAUAAAUGGUUCUUGGGCAAUGCCCUUAGAUAGCAGAUAUGUUACCUUAACUGGAACCAUCACAAGAGGAAAGAAGAAAGGCCAGAUGGUGGACAUUCACGUGACCCUCACUGACAAAGAGCUGCAGGAGCUGGCUAGGUCAAAGGAGCCUCCAAAACCUGAAAUGGCUGAAGGGAAAAAGACUUGUGAGGUUGGGCUGGAUAAAGGCCCCCAUGUCCUUCUUUGGAGCCUUGCCUGUCUCCCUGUCAUCUUUGUCAUGUCCUUCGUGGUUUCCUUUUACUAUGGGACCAUCACUUGGUACAAUGUCUUCUUGGUGUACAAUGAAGAGAGGACCUUUUGGCACAAGAUCACUUUCUGCCCCUUUCUAAUCAUCUUCUACCCUAUCAUAAUCAUGGUGGUUUCAUCCUCCUUGGGCCUCUACACAGCAGUGACUCAGGUCUCCUGGGCCUUUGGGCAUUGGUGGCACGCUGUCAGAGAUAUGGAGAAAGGGUUCUGUGGCUGGCUUUGUAGCAAGAUGGGCCUAGAAGAUUGUUCCCCAUACAGUAUUGUUGAACUACUGGAUUCUGACAAUGUCUCAGGUACCCUCUCAGCUAAAGGCUCAGCCCAGGGUGAAGAGAUUUCAGCCGUCUGAACCUUUGCUUUAAGUGACUCUGAUGCCUCAUGUUCACAGGUAUUACAAAUCAACCUACAGUGACUUCAGGAAGCGUGCACUGUCUUAAGUGAUGAAACCUUGAAGCCAAUUCAAACAUUCAGGGGGGGAAAACCCACAUGGGUCAGUCCUUCCUGGAUGGUACGACUUCAAAAUGAAGGGGUGAUUACAAAUCUAAAUACUUUCUCCUUGUCAAAAAUUGACAUUUUGGGCAAAGCUAGCAUGCCCAGGAGAAGGGUUCUAGUCUUGCUGUAUUUUUGACUUGCUAGUAUUCAAUAUGACGCAGUACAGACCUUGACUUGCCAUAGGCCAGUAUAUACCACUUCAGGCUGUCAGUGAAGAGUUGCCUGUUUGAAUAAACGAAACAUCUCCCUGCACAUACAAAAAUAACAUGUCAUUCAGACAGCUGUGCAGGAUUUAUUUUUAAUAACAUUAAAACAUUCAACCUACCCAAAGCCUGAUAUGGUUCAGUCCAGGAGCAGCUUUACAGCUUGAUUCUGCUGGUUGUAUAAACUGGUCCUUUGAUUCUUAAAUGAAUGUGAAACAUCAGUGUGCUGGGUAAGAAUCUACCGUUCCUUGUGAACAUGUAUGGCUGGUUUAUAAUACUGCUGGACUGAUCAGUUUUAUUAAAACACAUUGUUUAGUGACAAAAAGAAAGAGAAAACUGUUUUAUUGGGGUUAUUUGGUUGGGAGGAGAAUGGAAAGAGAAAAUGGGCUCCAAAGCUUCCUGCAUUUGCAAAAUGGAUCUUCAAAUGUGAACAUGCUGAUGCAGUCUUCCAAUUGAUGCCUGACUCUUACUUGUGCUGAAAAUCAGAAGCUGCCAGGUGAUGGUGGCUGCAUUUACCUGAGAGUAAAUCCUAUUAAAACAGAGCCCAAAUGCUAUUACCUUUAGCCUAAGGUGACAAAGGUGCUGUCUUACGGUUUUAUCCUAAGACAUAGGUGCUGUCUCA